CCGCGCUUACGGGUUUAAUUCCACCCCUUAACCCUCUGCUCGACCAUGGAUGACAGUGAAUUGGAAAUAAUUGUAUCCCACAAUCCCUCUUUGGCUGUCCCUACUGCUCAGCAUCUUCCGGUGCAUCGCCAGAGAUCCAAUGGUCAAGUCAAGCCAACAUCAACACCUUCUGGGGAAUCCGAAACUGCAUCUUUAAAUCCUUCUCUAAAGCCCACCAAAUACGAUAUAGGAUGGCGACGAGUGAUAAGGAACUUCUCUCCGUCUUGGUUUUCCGUGACCAUGGGCACCGGCAUCGUCUCUCUUCUCUUCAUUGCUAUUCCAUUCAAGGCCAAUUGGCUAUACUGGCUGUCAGUCAUCUUCUUUUGCCUCAAUGCGGCCCUGUUUUUUUCUGCGCUCUCUAUCUCCAUUCUUCGCUACGGCCUCUAUCCUGAGAUUUGGAGCGUCAUGAUCGCCGAUAGCACCAAUUCUCUUUUCCUUGGGACGAUCCCUAUGGGUUUUGCGACCCUGGUCGAGGCUUGGAUCUUUCUGUGCAUUCCAUACUGGGGUCCUUGGGCAGUCACCUUUGCGUGGGUGUGCUGGAUGAUCGAUUGCGUCGUUGCCCUGACAGUCACGAUCUCACUGACGGUCCUACUCAUAUCUGCGUCCCACCAGCAAGCACUGCAUCGAAUCACCGCAGCGCAGCUUUUGCCUAUUGCCGCCACCAUAGUCGCUGCCGGUACUGGUGCGAAGAUUGCAAAGGUACUUCCGGAUCCUGAAAACGCGCUCGGAACGAUUAUCGUGUCCUAUGUUAUGUGGGGCAUGUCGACUCCCCUAGCCAUGACCGUUCUCGUAAUGUAUUACACACGUCUGGCUCUCCAUAAGCUUCCACCUCGAGAAAUUGUGGUUUCUUCCUUUCUUCCUCUCGGGCCCCUUGGUAUGGGCGGCUACACCGUACUGUAUCUUGGCAGCGUAUCCCACAUCGUCUUUCCACAAACACACUUCUUCCACGACCUCCCCAUCGCCGGCGACGUGUUCUAUAUCCUCGGCGUAUUUAUUGCACUCAUUAUGUGGGGGUUUGGCCUCACAUGGCUGUGCUUCGCCCUGGCGUCAAUCUACAAAUCACGACCUUUCCCUUUCAAUAUGGGAUGGUGGGGUUUCACGUUCCCCCUUGGAGUGUUCGCUGUCAGUACGAUCGAAUUCGGAGUCCAGAUGCCGAGCCUCUUCUUCAAAGUCCUGGGCACGAUUUUCAGUGUCGCAGUGAUACUUCUUUGGUGCGUAGUGGCAACAGGAACGAUCAGAGGAGCCUGGGAUGGGAAAUUAUUUCACGCACCUUGUCUCGCAAAUUUGCCUAAGAAAGAGGAAGAAAAGGAAGAGCAAGACAGUGGGGAGAGAGAAGGCCCUUGAGCGGUAGAUUCAGGGCGCAAGCUAGAGGGAAUGCGAAAUACUGAAUCCUGACAUCUACACUAUUUGUAAUGACUCCUCAUAUCAUCGUAUUCCACCUCCAACAAGUUCUGUUCUUUACUUAGUAGCCUAAUCGCGCUAAGGCUAACGCCCGUUUUAAGUCUAACAGCUAUAUAUUAUUCUAGUUCGUUGCAAACUUGCGAUUAAUCUUUAGUCCCAGAUAGAGAACUACCACGAUAUAAGCCAGGAGACGUUGUGUAGAGGGCUCUUAACUUCUGCAGCCUACAAAACUGCGCAAGAUGGAACAAGAAAGGCAUCUAAUUAAUAAGAUAAGGCCUGUAAG